GUGGGCGAGGCAACGAAAGAAACCAACUAAGUGACCCGUUCCCGGGGGUCGCUCAGCGACAGACGCCGGGGCUGUGCCGCCCCCUCCAGCGCGCGCGGGGCAGGCCGCUUGUUCGCGCCCCCCACCCCCGAGGGAAUCAAAGCACAAUGGUUCACAGCCAAUCCAGGAAACGCUCCCGAAGCAGGAGUGAAAGCGAUGCUCAAAGCAGACAGGACAAAAAAGACGAAAAGAAAAGAAGAAAAAGCAGUAAAGACUCAAAGAGAAGCAGUCUGUCUCCUCCAAGGAAGAAGGCAUCCAGGUCUCACAGACGCAGGUCGAGCUCAGCAUCUACUAAAGAUGAGAAAAAGAAGGCCAAAGACAAGAAGAAGAGAAAGGCAAGUACUUCCUCCUCUGACACGACAAGUUCGUCUUCUGGGACUUCCUCCUCCAACUCCUCUUCAGAUGAUUCAAGUGACAGUGAAUCCAAAUUGAAAAAGAGGAGACACAGCAAGAAGAAACGAACAACACAGAAAGACAAAAAGAGAAAGAAGAAAAAAAUAAAAAAGAAACUGAAAAAGAAAUCGAAGGCCCGGCCUAAAGAGGAGAGAGCCACAGUGGAAGGCGUGCCGGGCCCGUCGCUGGAGCAGUGGCAGAAAGAAUCUUUGGUGGAACCUGGCCCAGUUUUGACAGAUGAACAAAAGUCCCGCAUCCAGGCUAUGAAACCAAUGACGAAAGAAGAAUGGGACGCAAGGCAAAGUGUCAUCAGAAAAGUCGUGGACCCCGAAACGGGAAGAACAAGGCUUAUUAAGGGAGAUGGAGAAGUACUAGAAGAAAUUGUCACCAAAGAAAGACACAAAGAGAUUAACAAGCAAGCCACCCGAGGAGACGGCCUGGCCUUCCAGCUGAGGACAGGAAUGCUUCAGUAACAGUCCAGAUGUCAAGUACAUCAGGAAAGGUGGUUUUCUUGUUCUGCUCGCUGAGACACUAAUCUGCCAAAGCAGAAGCUCCCCAUUCUCCCUGCACUGAUGAGAUCUGAGUGUGACACAGCAGGAUCUUUACCCUUUGGACAUGUCCUGUUCUGCUGGGUCCAUCUAGUGCCUGGAGGAGGGAGUGACUUUGAUGGCCAUGGCUUCUCUCCUGCCAGUCCAUGCAAAGUCCUUAAGACCUGACCAACAUUGCUCUCAACUUGGUCACUUUCUGAGGCUCAACCCACUGCUGCUCAGUGAGAAUCCCACCAGGGAGCUCAUGGGUGCCAUCAGCACAACAAUGCUGAGUCCCCGGAGGAGACAAACUGACCCAGUUAACAACAUGUUAUCGUUAAUACACUUCCUUUAUGGUGAUUCAGAUUCCAAGCUCUAAGGCAAAUGCCCAGGUACAGGCAGCCAUAACCCCUGAAAUGAGGCUGCUUUGAAUCAUUUUUCACAAGUGGUUGCUAUGUGCCUGCUCUUUGAAUUAAUAUUUGCCCUGUGUUUGGUUGGAUUGCCCAGUUACACAGAGGUCCCGUUACUAGCCCUCAGCUGUACAGAGACACAUUCAUACAUUGCCCCAGCUUUGUGCAGGCUGCAACAUUAGGUCCACAUCCUGCAAGGUGCCUUCUCUCACUGAGCCAAUGAGAGGUGAAGGCACUUGGCAUGGUACAGGUUCAAGCUAAUUAGCACUGGCUCCCUUGAUGGCAGGCUGCACUGGGAGCUCAGCUACUGUACCUGCCAGUGGGUGAAGUGUAAUGGGCAGGGGUUUGCUCAGCCUUGCUCAUGUCCCUGCACCAAAGCGAUGCCCCUUCCUUGCUCUUUGUCUCUUGCCACCCUACGAAGGUGCAAGGGGCAGUUUUGGUUUGUUUGUGAAAUUGGCCUUUCAGAAGCAGAGGAGCCCAGGAAAACUCAGUCUUCUGAUUCCCCCGCGCCCCCCCCCCCCCCUUAACUUGGUGAAUCUGAAAACUUGUACAAAAUAAACUGGUUAAAUCAA